UCACCCACUAGGACGCUAAAUUUAGAACUAGCCUCGUUAACUAAAUAUCCUCACACCUACAAUUUGCAGCUCAUGCCAUGGCAGAUACACACACGUCACUGAGGCAUGCGUUAUACUAUCGAAAACAUACUACAAACAAAUUAUUGUUACAUAUAUCUUUCUCCGCUUUGUCUAUCGUACACACGUAUUUUUGCUCUAAAGAGUUCGAAUCAUUCGUCCAACAUAUGAUGGGAGUGUCGCCAAAAGCCAGCUCGAAAAAAAGUAAAUUUUGGUCCCUUUUUUUUCCUCAAAAAUCAAAACACCUCCCAAGACUUGCUUUCUGAUAGCAGUUCUUUAUAUCAAACGCCAUAUGAAAAAAUCUAAAACGCCAAAACCUCGAUGAAAACUUUGGAA